AUGUCUUCACAAGAAAGGAGUAAAAUUUUGCUGAAUAUAGCCGAUGCUUUGGAGGCAAGUGAAAAGCUGAUAAUUGCUGAAAAUGAAGCUGAUAUUGCUGAGGCACAGCAGGCGGGAUAUGAGAAGUCUUUAGUUUCUAGGCUGGCCUUGAAGCCUGGUAAGGUUUCAAGCCUUGCAAAGUCUAUUCGCAUUCUUGCAGAUAUGGAGGAGCCAACUGGGCAAGUUUUGAAGAGAACAGAGCUUUCACAAGGAUUUAUCUUGGAGAAAAUGUCUUCUCCUUUGGGUGUUCUUUUGAUUAUUUUUGAAUCUCGGCCUGAUGCACUAGUACAGAUAGCUGCAUUAGCAAUUAGAAGUGGAAAUGGGCUCCUAUUGAAAGGGGGCAAGGAAGCCAAGCGAUCAAAUGCAAUCUUGCAUAAGGUAAUUACUUCAGCUAUCCCAGAAAAUGUUGGUGAAGGACUUGUUGGACUGGUGGCCUCUAGAGAAGAUAUUCCUGAAUUGCUCAAGCUGGAUGAUGUAAUCGAUCUUGUAAUUCCUAGAGGAGGAAAUAAACUUGUUUCUCAAAUCAAGGCUUCAACUAAGAUUCCGGUUCUUGGUCACUCUGAUGGAAUUUGUCAUGUCUAUGUAGAUAAGUCUGCUGAUAUGGUUAAGGCAAAGCAAAUUGUUUUGGACUCAAAAACAGAUUAUCCUGCAGCCUGCAAUGCAAUGGAAACACUUCUCGUACACACGGAGUUGGUAAAUACUGGUGGCCUUAAUGAACUUAUUGUGGAACUUCAAAUCAAAGGGGUUACAAUAUAUGGUGGAUCUCGAGCGAGCUCUUUGCUGAAUCUUCCAGAGGCAUCUUCAUUUCACCAUGAAUACAGUUCUCUGGCUUGCACUAUUGAAGUUGUGGAUGAUGUGUAUGCUGCCAUUGAUCAUAUACAUCAUGGGCAUACUGAUUGCAUCAUUACUGAGGACCAUGACAUUGCAGAAAUGUUUUUACAUCAAGUCGACAGUGCUGCUGUUUUUCACAAUGCAAGUACAAGAUUUUGUGAUGGCUUUCGUUUUGGACUAGGGGCGGAGGUUGGCAUCAGUACAAGUCGAAUUCAUGCUCGUGGACCAGUAGGUGUAGAAGGAUUGCUAACAACACGAUGCGUCGAUGGAGUUGAGGCGUGGAGUUGCAAGCAAAAUCAGUUUUGCACAGUGGAGUUGAGGCGCGACGAUGCGAUGCGCCUCAGUGGUUUUGCCUAG